UUUUUUUUUUCGUUCUUCUUCUUCUUCUUCUCAAUUUUAUACCAAUGUAUAUCUUUUUAUUUCCAUUAUUUCUAUGUUUUUUAAUAAGGCAUGUUUUAUCGUUAGACAUCAUAUUGAAUAAAAGACAAGCCAUAGCUUCUAGAAAAUGUGGAAAUGAAAAUAAUACAAUAUCUAUUUGCACACCUACAUUUGAUUCUAUCUGGAAAAACGACACAGAUCAGGAAAUAACAUGGAAAUGGAAUAAUCCUACUCUAAUUGCCUAUGAUAAACUUGAUCUUUAUCUACUUUAUCAGCCUACAGAAGGAAGUUAUCAGGUUGUAAAGAAUUGGACUGGUUUGGAAAGAACAAAAGGUAUCCUUGUACAACAUAUAGACGAUAGUUGGUAUCCAUCACCACCAAUCACCAAUAACGUUUCAUGGACAAUGUAUUUUUAUAUUGUGGGCUCAGAAUAUGAUAUCCAACAAGAUCUUUCGUUAAUACCAACCUAUCAUAAUUACUUUUCCGUACCUCAGUCUUUUAUAUUAAUACAGCCUGCCUAUGUAGAUACUACUACUACUACGACUACUACUACUAAUACAACUACUAAUAACUCAUCAACAGAUAUACCUUCCCCUUCACCAACAUCUGAAAGACAUUCUGAUUCAUUCCCUAGUUGGGCUAUUGCUGUUAUUUGUAUUGUUGCAGUCAUAUUCUUGAUUAUAGCUAUUAUUAUCAUUUUAUGGGUGCUUAAAAGACAGCAGAGACAUAGAAAUAGAACAAAGAGUCAUGAUGAAAAACGUCCUGUCUUAUUAGCUUCCACCCAUGAAUCGAGUUUAGCUAUACCUGUCAUGUCUACUACUACACCAUCCCCGACUUACACUGAGAAAAAUAGAAACACACCUUCUUCACCUCUGGGAAUGCAUAAAGAGGGACAGCAAUCAAGUAGUAUCCUCUCUUCUACAGAUGCAUUGAUGAUUGCUGAUACUUUUAGACAAUUCAUGAGAAAGCCUGAAUGGAACGACAACAUCAAUAAAGAAGAAGAAAAGUCUUCAAAUCUUUAAAAAAGGAAAAAGGACAGGUGAUUUUCAAAUUCCGAUUUUAUCAUUUAUUUUGAAUUAUACAAAAGGAGUUAUUAUUAUACGUUGUUUAAACGAAUAAAGUUUUGAUUUGGAAUUAAAAAAAAAAGAAUAGAAUAGAAUAGGAGAAAAGUUAAAGGUUUAAAAGAAAACAUGUACAUACAAUGAAAGUAAAGAAAAGAAAAGAAAAAACAUG